AUGCUGAAAAAAGGUAGUUCCAAAGAGUGGCAGGAAGAACCAGACGAGAUUGCGCAAGAAACGACAGAAUUAGAGAAGAGUCAUAAAUCCAGUGACUGGGACAAAUACCCGAAAAAAGACAUCUUAAGUGGUCAUUGCUGCAGAAUGGGAGAAUAUGGAGAAUCCAUUUGGCUUGACCAACAUAUACCUUUGGGUAGACCUCGUCUGUCAUUCGAAGACCACAUUUUCAGACCAGGACGAUCAAGAGGGACUGAGUCGAUAGGAGAAAUGAGUGCACGAGAGACCAGGAGGUCUGGUUGCGAUGGCUGGAAAGAUCUCCUCGCUGAGAAGCAUAAAGGGAGCAGUAAAAGAAGAAGUAUGUGA